AUGGCAGAAGGAAGCAGCACCUAUGUGCCUAAGUUUGUGGGGCACUAUGAUCAUUGGGCUGAGCUGAUGGAGAAUCUGCUUCGUUCCAAGGAGUAUUGGAAUGUUGUAGAUCGCGGCGUCAUGGUGAAUGUCGCAGGGGAAGUACGGUCUUUCUCCUCAGUGGUGGCAGAAGGAAGUCAACCCACUGAUGCUCAACGGAAGGAGCAUGAAGACAACAAGCUGAAGGACUUGAAGGCAAAGAACCUUCUCUAUCAAGCAAUCGAACGAGAUGUGCUUGAGACCAUUCUUGACAGAAGCUCCUCAAAGGCAAUCUGGGACUCCAUGAAGCAAAAGUUUCAGGGUUCAACGCGGGUUAAAAGGGCACAACUGCAGUCUUUACGUUGUGAUUUUGAAGUUCUUCGCAUGAAGGAAGGAGAAUCGGUGAAUGCUUACUUUGCUCGUGUUUUAUCCAUAGCCAACAAAAUGAAGGCUCAUGGAGAGAAUAUGAGUCAAACAAUGAUCACGGAAAAAAUCCUUCGAUCAAUGAUUUCUAAGUUCAACUACGUAGUAUGUUCGAUUGAGGAGUCCAACAACAUGACUACAAUGACCAUUGACGAACUUCAGAGCAGCCUUCUUGUGCAUGAGCAAAGAAUGAAGGGUCAAGGUGAGGAAGAGCAAGUCCUCAAGGUCACCCAUGAAGACAAAACAGGAAGAGGUAGGGGACGAGGAGUUGGGAGAGGUGGACGUGGUAGAGGAAGACAAACCUUCAACAAAGCCACGGUUGAAUGCUCCAAAUGUCAUAAACUUGGGCAUUUUCAAAACGAGUGUCCUAGUUGGGAGAAGGGUGCCAAUUAUGCCGAGUUGGAUGAGGAGGAAGAGCUUCUACUGAUGGCUUACAUUGAGGACAAGAAUGCCAAGAGAGAAGGUGUUUGGUUCCUAGACUCAGGAUGUUCUAACCACAUGUCAGGAAGCAAGGAUUGGUUCAUAGAGAUGGAUGAGCAAUUUAGACACUCAGUAAAGUUAGGCAACGGUGCAAGGAUGACUGUGAUGGGAAAAGGGAGCAUUAAGCUUGAGACCGAAGGUUUAACCCAAGUGGUAAGAGAUGUGUUUUACAUUCCUGAGCUCAAGAAUAAUUUAUUGAGCAUUGGUCAACUUCAAGAGCGAGGACUUGCUAUUGUCAUGAAAGAUAAGGCAUGUAAAAUAUAUCAUCCUACGAGAGGUCUUAUUAUGCAAACUCUAAUGGCAGCUAAUAGGAUGUUUGCUUUACUAGCCACUAUGAUUACUCAGCCUUCAAAAUGUCUAAUAGCAAGCACGGAUGACUUAUCAGACCUGUGGCAUCGUCGUUAUGGUCAUGUGAACAACAAAAGCCUCAAAGUCUUAGAGAGCAAGCAACUUGUCAAAGGACUUCCCCAACUCAAAGCCAUGAACAAAGCAUGCACAGUGUGUCAUCGUGGAAAACAACAUCGAGCAGCCAUUCCUAAGAAGAGUCAGUGGAGGGCUUCAAAGAAACUUCAGUUAGUUCAUGCCAAUUUGUGUGGUCCAAUCACUCCAACUUCAAGCAGCCUAAAAAGGUAUUUGUUGUGCUUUAUCGACGAUUUCAGUAGAAAAGCUUGGAUUUAUUUCUUAGCCGAGAAGAGUGAAACUUUUUCUAUGUUCAAAGUAUUUAAAAAUAUGGUUGAAAAAGAGUCUGGGUGUGAUAUAUGUUGUUUGAGGAAAGAUAGGGGAGGUGAGUUCACUUCCAAGGAGUUCAACGUGUUUUGUGUUGAUCAUGGCAUUAAGAGACAACUCACUGCUGCCUAUACUCCUCAACAGAACGGAGUGGCAGAACGUAAGAAUCGAACUAUAUUAAACAUGGUUCGAUGCUUGCUUUCAGAGAAGGAGAUGCCUAAACUUUUUUGGCCAGAAGCAGUUCGAUGGGGAUUGCAUGUGUUAAAUAGGAGUCUAACUGUGGCAAUAAAAGGAAAGACUCCUGAAGAGUGUUGGAGUGGAAAAAAACCCAAUGUCAAGUACUUCAAAGUUUUCGGCUGCAUUGCUAACGUGCAUAUUCCUGACAAGAAUAGAGCAAAGUUAGAUGAGAAGAGUCAUAAAUGCGUGUUUCUUGGCAUUAGUGAAGAAUCUAAAGCCUAUCGGCUUUAUGAUCCUACGGCUAAAAGGGUGAUUGUUAGUAGGGAUGUUGUGUUUGAAGAGAAUGAGAGCUGGAAUUGGAGGAGGAGUGAUGAAGAUGUGAGGAGUGAUGUCUUUACUUGGGUAGAUAGUGAUGAUGGGGAAAUCAGUGACUAUGAUGAGGAAGAAGAAGAAGAAGAAGGUGAAGAUGAGGAAGAACAAGUAGAAGGAGCUGAUUCGGGUACAGAAGAGUUGGAAGGAGAAAAUGAUGCUGCUACACCAGAGGAGAGAGUUAGGAGAGCACCUCGAUGGAUGGAAGACUAUGUUAGUGGAUCCAAUAUGUUUUGA